AUGGCGCAAACACUCGAGGCAAUCAGAUUCAAACGAGGGGACCUUCAGAUCCUCGAUCAGCUUAAACUUCCCCACGAGUCGACAUAUGUGGUUAUCAGAGAUUCCAAAGAUGGCUUCCAAGCCAUCAAAGACAUGGUUGUUCGAGGUGCCCCAGCUAUUGCCAUAGUAGCUGCACUUUCUUUGGCAGUGGAAUUGCAAUGCAAGAAAUCUCAAGAUGAGAUCACACCCACGAAGGCGCGUGAAUUUGUGCAUUCCAAGUUGGACUAUCUCCUGAAAUCCCGACCAACAGCGGUCAACCUUGCCGAUGCCUCUAGGAAGUUAAAGGAGGUUGUCUCAAGCGAAGCGAUUACUGGGGAAGAAGUUUUUGAAAGAUAUGUCCAAGCUGCAGAGCAGAUGUUGAUCGACGAUGUCCAAGAUAACAAGAAUAUUGGAGACUUCGGAGCCCGAUGGAUUUUGGAGAAUGCUACCAGAGCAGAUGAGAAAAUAAAAGUUUUAACGCAUUGCAAUACUGGAUCACUCGCUACUGCGGGCUACGGGACAGCGUUGGGAAUAAUCCGCUCCUUGUACGCAGGCUCGAAUUUAGAGCACGCAUACUGCACCGAGACUCGCCCGUAUAAUCAAGGCUCACGCUUAACCGCAUACGAACUUGUUUACGAAAAUAUCCCCGCCACCUUGAUCACAGACUCAAUGGCGGCCUCAUUAAUGUGCCUCAAAGGCAUAGCUGCUGUUAUUGUUGGCGCGGACCGUGUGGCUCGAAACGGUGAUACCGCAAACAAAAUUGGGACGUAUCAGCUUGCGAUCGUUGCAAAGUACCAUGGGGUCAAGUUUGUUGUUGCAGCACCCACCACAAGCAUUGAUAUGGACACCGCAUCUGGUAAUAAUAUCGAGAUUGAACAUAGACCUGGAGCAGAAUUACUGUGUGCUCGAGGACCGAGGGCGGAUAUGGAGGAUCUACAUUGCUUCUACACGGUCAGCACUGCGGCACAUGGAAUUGGUGUUUAUAACCCAAGCUUCGAUGUGACCCCAAAUGACUUGAUUGAUGCAAUCGUAACAGAGAAGGGCGUCGCAGUAAAGGGUUUGGAUGGAAACUUUGAUCUCUCUAAAUUCUUCAAUUGA